GGAGGAGAGAGGAGAGGAGAGCCCCUGGUCCACACAUCACUGGAUGCGGCAGCGGCAUGUGGACGACAGACACACCGGAGACGUGUGCGGGUACUUCAUGUUGACCAGUCCGGGCACUCACUGGAGCGCAUGACCCGCCGUGAUGGCCGGGGGACGCAGAGGACUAGUGGCCCCACAAAACACUUUUCUGGAAAAUAUUGUCCGACGGUCUAACGUUUGGACAUUAUCACAUAGACACACAGACACAAACUUUGUGCUGGGGAAUGCCCAGAUAGUAGACUGGCCCAUCGUUUACAGUAAUGAUGGCUUUUGUAAGCUGUCCGGCUACCACCGUGCUGAGGUCAUGCAGAAAAGCAGCACUUGCAGCUUCAUGUAUGGAGAGCUCACAGAUAAGGACACAUCUGAAAAAGUUCGGCUGACUUUCGAGAACUAUGAGAUGAACUCAUUUGAGAUCUUGAUGUACAAGAAAAACCGAACGCCGGUAUGGUUUUUUGUGAAAAUAGCACCUAUACGAAACGAACAGGAGAAGGUUGUUCUCUUCCUGUGUACGUUUAGUGACAUCACAGCAUUCAAACAGCCAAUUGAAGAUGACUCCUCGAAAGGCUGGGGGAAGUUUGCUCGUCUGACCAGGGCUCUGACCAGCAGUAGGGGGGUCCUGCAGCAACUGCAGCCCACCGUACAUAAAGGAGAGAAUGUACAUAAGCACUCGCGCCUUGCAGAGGUUCUCCAGCUGGGCUCAGAUAUCCUCCCACAGUACAAACAAGAGACGCCCAAGACCCCCCCUCACAUCAUCCUGCACUACUGUGCCUUUAAGACCACCUGGGACUGGGUCAUCCUCAUUCUCACCUUCUACACUGCCAUCAUGGUCCCCUACAAUGUCUCGUUCAAAACCAAGCAGAACAACGUCACCUGGCUAGUUGUGGAUAGCAUUGUGGAUGUGAUCUUUCUGGUGGAUAUUGUACUAAAUUUCCACACAACGUUUGUGGGCCCAGCCGGGGAAGUGAUAUCAGACCCAAAACUGAUUCGCAUGAAUUACUUGAAAACCUGGUUUGUGAUUGACUUGUUGUCCUGCCUGCCUUAUGAUGUCAUCAAUGCCUUUGAGAACGUGGAUGAGAACUGGAAUCAUCGAGCUGUCACUCAAGGUAUCAGUAGUUUGUUUAGUUCACUGAAGGUGGUUCGACUGUUGCGUCUGGGCCGGGUGGCUCGUAAACUAGAUCACUACAUUGAGUAUGGAGCUGCUGUUUUGGUUCUGCUGGUUUGCGUGUUUGGGUUGGCGGCCCAUUGGCUGGCCUGCAUCUGGUACAGCAUUGGAGACUAUGAGGUCAUUGACGAGGAUCGUAACACAGUACGAACGGACAGUUGGCUUUAUAUGCUGGGUGAGACCAUUGGGACACCCUACCGCUUCAACGCCAGUGGGACAGGAAGAUGGGAAGGUGGACCUACAAAAGAUUCUGUCUACAUCACAUCUCUGUACUUCACCAUGACCAGCCUGACCAGUAUUGGCUUUGGAAAUAUCGCUCCAACCACAGAUGGGGAGAAGAUCUUUGCCGUGGCCAUGAUGAUGAUUGGAUCUCUCCUUUAUGCCACCAUAUUCGGUAAUGUGACAACUAUCUUCCAGCAGAUGUAUGCCAACACUAACCGCUAUCACGAGAUGCUUAACAGCGUGCGGGACUUCCUCAAGCUGUACCAGGUACCCAAAGGCCUGAGCGAGAGGGUUAUGGAUUACAUCGCCUCCACCUGGUCCAUGUCCCACGGUAUUGACACUGAAAAGGUUUUGCAGAUCUGUCCCAAAGACAUGCGUGCUGAUAUAUGUGUGCACCUGAACAGGAAGGUUUUUAAGGAACAUCCUGCUUUCCGUUUGGCCAGUGACGGCUGUUUGCGGGCCCUGGCCAUGGAGUUCCAGACCAUCCACUGUGCUCCAGGCGAUCUAAUCUACCAUGCGGGCGAGAGUGUGGACAGCCUAUGUUUUGUGGUGUCAGGGUCACUGGAGGUCAUCCAAGACGACGAGGUUGUCGCCAUUCUGGGUAAAGGUGAUGUGUUUGGGGACGUGUUCUGGAAGGAGGUGACGCUAGCUCAGGCGUGCGCUAAUGUGAGAGCGCUAACAUACUGUGACCUGCACGUGAUCAAACGGGACGCGCUUCAGAAAGUCCUAGAAUUCUACACCGCCUUUUCCAACCACUUCUCACGAAAUCUCCUGCUUACAUACAACCUGCGCAAACGGCUUGUGUUCAGAAAGAUCAGUGACGUGAAACGCGAGGAAGAAGAGAGGCAGAGGAGGAAGAACGAGGCCCCGCUGAAUCUUCCCCCAGAUCAUCCUGUCCGCCGUCUGUUCCAGCGUUUCCGCCAGCAGAAGGAAGCACGUCUUGCCGCUGUGCGGCCCAAUUCCGAUGACUCUGAUCUCGAGAAGGGCCAAAUCCACAAUGAAGUCAUCAGCCAAGAUGUGGUCGCCACCACAAGCAUCGUCACAGUAACGGAAAGCCCAGCCACGCCUAUCCCAUCCCACCCAAACAAAACCCGCACCCUAGGUCCAUUCGACCAGGCCAAGCUCAGCGCCCCUGCCCCAAACAUCCCUCGGACAUCAGAGCCACGCGCACGAGGGUGGGCCAGGUUUAGGGACAGCAUGGCGAAGCCAGAGAGCUGGGGAAAUGUUCCUAAAGCAGAAUCAAUGGAGACUCUCCCAGAGCGGAGCAGUUCCGGAAAGACUUCCGAGCCCAGCGGACUGAAGAAGACCGACUCCUGCGACAGCGGCAUCACCAAAAGCGACCUACGGCUGGACGAGGGUGGCGCCCGCACCCCUGUAGAUCGAAGCCCAGUCCAGCCCGACGGAAAAUCUCCCCCGAUCCCACCUAUCCCCACUAUUCCCGAACAGACGCUGCAUGCCUCACUCCUGGAACUCCGUACUGAACUUAAAGAGGAGCUGUCGGUGCUGGGUAACAGAAUGGUUGCCUUGGAGACACAGGUCGCUGAGGUGUUAAGGUUGCUAAGGAGCAGAAAGUCUCCGACCUCUCCCAUGUCACUCUUCCAGAUCUCACGACCGACAUCGCCAGACAUGGACAAAGAGGACAUAUUCCCUUGAGGAAAAUGAGAGAGCGUCCCUCCCCCCAUAUCAACUCUACCUUGAUUUCCAUAAUGAGGUCCAGGGGGAACACAGAGUUCGAGUCUCAUGCAUUAGCCCCUCUAUUCUGAACACCACCGCUAAACCUGAUAAUCUUUGUCAUAGAACAUAUGAACUUGUAUUUAUUCUGAGAUGAUGCUUAACCAUUCAGGUUUUCUCAUUUGUAUCUCAGAAAGAGAGUGCCUGACCAUACAAACUCUGAUAAACAUGUUGUGUGUGUUGA